AUGUCGCCCGGACAUCCCUUGACCGCUUUCAAGACAGCUGCGGAUGGCGAGCACGUAGGGGAUGAUUAUUUCUUGAAUUCAGGUGAUAAGAUACGAUAUUUCCUCGAACCAUCUUCUACUUCACCAGCUACAGUCUCUCAACCCGCCAAAUUACUCGUCCCUCCCGCUCAAUCAAUCAACAAGAUCGGACAUGCUUUAGCCGUCCUCAACCCAGUAUUUAACAAGUACACAUUACAGAACGACAAGAUCAAAAAUGUAGCUAGCGAUUUAGGUGAACAAGAGGAUCCGAGGGUAUUGCAAAGUAUGAUCAUUUGUAAACAACCUAGAAUUGGUGGUACAGUGCCAUGUCAUAAUGAUUCGACCUUCCUCUACACCGAUCCACCAAGUGCUAUAGGCUGUUGGAUUGCCCUUGAAGAUUGUACACCUACCAAUGGGUGUUUGUCAUUUUUACCUGGAUCACAUAAAACGGCUCGUAUCUCCUCACGAUUCGUUCGAGACCCUUCAGGAAAUGGAACGACAUUCAUCGAUAUACCCGAGGUAAAGAACAACGAGGAGAAUUGGGAUGAGAUGGAUGGGUGGAAAGAAGCUGACUGUAAGGCCGGUACAUUAGUGUUGAUUCAUGGAAGCGUAAUGCAUAAAUCACCACCUAACCAUUCUGACAAAACGAGAUUUAUCUAUACAUUUCAUAUGAUUGAAGGUGCCCAGGAGACAGUGUAUGAUGAGAAGAAUUGGUUACAACCUACGAAGGAAAUGCCUUUCCCUUCUCUUCUUGCAUGA